AUGGCGGAGCCAACAAAGCGCAAGAAUUUCUCGGACGAGGAGGCUCUGGCCGACGAACUGUAUCGGCAAGAGCAUGGCACGGUCAUGGAGAGGUGGAAUUCCCUCGCGGCGACUUUAGUAGCUUCACCGGACUUCACGAGAAAGAACCUUUCUGGCAAGACGGCCCAGAAUCGGAUGAAUGCGCUGCUAGAAACAAAUGCUCUGAACGAGAGCGCAGGCGAGACAAUCCGCCGUCUAGCCGUGGAGCGACUAAAGCGCCAGCGCGAUGAAGACCAAGACGAUGCUGCAGGCAGUCCGACCAGGGCGAACAAGCUCGCCAAGUUGGUCGACCUUCUCCGUGAUCAGAAGGAAAAAGAGCUCGAAGCGCGCAAACAGCAGUGGGAGCAAGAGCGUUUAGACCGCCAAGCGACGGGAAAGUGCUUUAUGCAGCUACUCGAGAUGCUAGUGAAACGUUCUUAA